CGCAGACAGACUCCACCUCGCGGACGCCGGCCUCGCUGCUCGCGCCGGAGAAAACAAACUGCGUGGAUGCGAUCUCAAAGCAUGCGACUUAAAGCGCUCUUCACGCAUUUGGACUCGCUUUCUUCGGCGUCGGAGUACAUUGAUCUGCAAUAAAGGUUGGUGUGUGAGCGUGUGAGCAGCAUGACAAAGAGCCCUCCUCACAGGCGUGGGAUCACGUUCGAGGUGGGAGCGCAGCUGGAGGCGAGGGACAGUCUGAAGAACUGGUACGCAGCUAGCAUCGAGAAGAUCGACUAUGAAGAUGAGAAGGUUUUGAUUCACUACAGGCAGUGGAGUCACCGUUACGAUGAAUGGUUUGACUGGAGCAGUCCGUACCUCAGACCUGUGGAACGAAUCCAGCUGAGGAAACAAGGUCUCCCUCAGCGGCAGAGCGCUCCAGGCUUUCAUGUCAACCAGAAAGUUCUUGCCAGCUGGUCAGACUGCCGGUAUUACCCUGCUAAGAUCCUGUCCCGGGAUAAAGAUGGUUUCUACACAGUGAAGUUUUUUGAUGGUGUCAUAAAGACCGUGAAGGGGAUUAAGGUGAAGCCGUUCCGCAAGAGCUCUGAUGGCAAGACCAAUCAGCGGACUCGGAAACGGGACGAUCAGAACGGGAAAAAAUGGAAGGCCAAGGAGAACGGCAGCAGCAGAAGUAACGGCUCGAGACACAGCACAUCUGACCAGGACGGGGAGAGCGAAAUGGAGGAGGAUGAAGACGACUCCGGGGUGAUGGAUGAGGUCGGAAAUCUCCAGAACGAGGGAGACAGCGAAAGCACAGCGGAUCAGAUAUUGAACGAGCCAGAGCCCAGUUCUGCUGAGCACAACGAAAAACAGCCCAGCGAAGAACAUAAGACAGAGCCCCUUGAGAAUGGAGAAGCGAACAAACCAGAGGAGAAUGAGAUGAAUGGAGGACAGGAGGAGUCCCAAGCGCUUCAAAAUGGCGUUGACCAGAACGACGGAGACGAGAAAGAGAAGGAAGAAGCAACAGAUGAAAGCCCAGGUCUUCCCAGAAGGACACGGAGUAAGGCGGCAGAUGGUAAAGAUACAGAAAAGUGCAACGGUCCAGAACUGAGGAAGAGACGUGCAUCAACAGGACAGAUGCCACCGUCCAAAAGGAGCAGAGCCAAUUCCAGCACAGGGCAUCCUGCCUCUGAUCCCCUCCUAGACAGAAACAGUCGAUCCCAAAUCAAAGCGGACUCUGUCCUGGAGACUUCAGUGACUUCGGAGACUUCAGAAAAUGCUGCACCCAAAGAAGAGGCAGGAUCCACACCUGAUCUCGCAGUCAAGCAGCCGCAAACAAUCCACCUUCCAACCACGAACAAGUAUAGCCGAGAACCAUUGUACAGGGUCAUCAAAAACCAGCCGCCCCCCAUCCUGUCCAUAGAACUGGACCACAACCCCUUCAAAUGCAAGAUCGCAGGCUGCCUCAAGUCUUUCCGCAAGGCGUCUCUGCUGCACUAUCACAUGAAGUACUAUCACGCACAGAGCGACCCAAGCCCCCCUCGCUGCGUCCAGACGCGCUCCUCAGAGAAACAGAGCCACAGCCAGGAGACCCCUCGCAGGCGUCGAACCAUCUCGUCUUCCCACCAUACUCCCUCUCCUCUGAGUGACAGUAAGUCAGGUCACGCUCUGUCGCCUCCUGCCGUCGGCAGCAUGCACCGGCAGCGCUCGGCCACGCUGGGCGCGGAGAGGAGCAAAGAGAACCAACACUUCAACCGCUCGCUGCAUGACGACAGAGACUGGGUUGCCAAGGAAACAGGAGCCAAAGAACGGGAGAGGCUGAGGGAGAAGAGGCAGAGGGAUUUCUUCCGCAUCAAACUGAAGAAAAGGAAGAAGAAGAAAAGGAAGUCGAAGUCAGACUGUUACAGCACUGAGGAGAGCAAUGGCCUAAAGCCUCCCCCCUGCAAUCUGAAUUCUGCUCACAAAUUGCCCCUCUCCCUCACACACCGAUCCUACACGGGACACUGCCCCGAAAAGAUGCUCAGCCAGGGUGAAGACAGCAGCAGUGAUUUGUCUUCAGACAGUCCUGUAUGGAGUGAGGACGAGUCUGACACUGAGCUGGAUCUGAACAUGCCCCUCUCAGAGCAGGGUGUAGAAACGGUCACUCACGGCUCUGAGAUCGUACGCUGUAUUUGUGAAGUGCAGGAGGAGAACGACUUCAUGAUACAGUGUGAUGAGUGUCUGUGCUGGCAGCAUGGGACAUGUAUGGGUCUGUAUGAGGACAGUGUGCCAGACAGCUACAGCUGCUACAUCUGCAGAGACCCACCAGCCCAGAGGCAGAGUCAGAGGUACUGGUAUGAUAAAGACUGGCUUAGCAGCGGUCACAUGUAUGGCUUGUCUUUCCUGGAAGAGAACUACUCCCACCAGAACAGUAAGAAAGUGGCAACCGCCCAUCAGCUCCUCGGAGAUGUCCACCGUGUGUUUGAGGUCCUGAAUGGCCUUCAGCUGAAGAUGAGCAUCUUACAGACGCAAGCCCAUCCAGACCUGAAGUUCUGGCGGCAACCCUGGAAGUCUGCGGACGGCCUACGGAGGAAGACGGCAGGUGACUCGGGCAUUGCGACUCCCUUCCCCUCCUCACCCCCUGAAAUGGGAGCAAACGAGUUUGAGACGUUGAAGAGCGAAGUCCCGUCACCUGUGGAGACGCAUUGCUCUUUCCAGGACUCGUACAUUAGCAGCGAGCACUGCUACCAGAAGCCCCGAACGUACUACCCGGCGGUGGAGAGAAGACUAGUGGUGGAGACGCGCUGCGGUUCUGAGCUGGAGGACAGUCUGAGGAGCACCGAAGACCUACUAGAGAUGGCCGAGCAGAGGUACGGCACGCAGCUGGACCAUGAACAGCACAAGCUUCAGCUGGCCGAACGCUCCUUUAGUAAGGAGCUGGAGUGCCGUAUGAAACGCCUGGUUUCCGCAGAGCAGGAAAAGAGUUGUGUGGUAGAAAUCAAGGAAGAGGAGCCUGACCCUGUGACCCCUGACCCAAAGCCUGACCCCGACCUCGUGCUGCACCAGCAGUGGCAGCUGAACCUGCUGGAGCACAUUGAAGCGGUGCAGGACGAGGUGACGCACAGGAUGGACCUCAUUGAGCGAGAACUAGACGUGCUGGAGAGCUGGCUGGACUACACCGGUGAACUGGAACCCCCAGAUCCUCUGGCGCGCCUCCCUCAGCUGAAACAUCGCAUCAGACAGCUCCUGACUGACCUGGGCACGGUGCAGCAGAUCGCGCUCUGCUCCUCGUCCUCCUGAGGGCGCCAGAGGACACGCAAACACUUCACGCUCAACCAGUUCCUUCAAACUGCUGAAAUACAUGUGCCUGUGAUUUGAGAGGAAACCUUUUAAAUGAUUCAGUGUGACAGCACGUGUGUUGGACGAUGGGUCUGGUCAGCAGUUUAACAGUAGUUAGGAGAGACUGAUGGAAAUCGAGGCCGAUACCUGAUGCAAACAAAAGUUUUUUUUGUUUUUUUUUUGUGGAAUAUAAUGCUUCAUUGUAGCACUUAGCUAUGUCUAUCAUAGACUAGAUAUGCUGUUUUUGUUUUGUUUUAUUUUCCCCAUGUAAUUUUCUCUGUAUCCCUCACAUGCUAAAUAAUUGUUUUAUGUUAAUUCAUAAGUGUUUAAUAAGUGAUCGUUUCGGACUCUCUUGGCACGUCUUUGCUCUGGGUAAAAAGCUUAAGGACCCGAAUGGUAUUUUGCUGUACUUUAAAAAAAAAUGUUAAAUAUGAGUAUAACGAUAUGAAAAAAUAUAUUUUAAUCUGAAAAUAUGUGCAGUUUACUUCUAUAUUUGUACUAAGAAGUCAUGUAAUCUUGUAAAUAACCCAACCGAUUGCUUAAAUUUAAGUGCUUAAUUUCUUUCGGAUCUGAACUGUUUCAUUUACAGUAAUGACUUUCUGUAAACUCUGAUCUAUUGUGAAUACUGUAGUUGUGGGCUUUCUGCCUAUAACCCUUUAAUUUUCAACAAUUGAUGUUGCUUUCAUUUCAAAUCGGUGAACUUUCCACUGGUACAUAAAACAAGCACAGAAUGUUGUUCUCUUGCAUACUGUAUCUUUGUACGUGCAUUUUUUUUUUUUUUUAAGUUUCACUGUUUCUGAUACUGUGUUUUGUUAAUUGUUCUGUUGCUUUCGGGUCUACGACGUUGAUUUUAAGACGUUAGAUGCCUUUAAGUUAUUGUAAUUUUGAAUUUAAGUUAUUGAUUCUGCCGCCUUUAUGUCUGUCGGUUGGUUUUCAUUUUAUACAGUGUGAGUCAUUGUAUCGUCAGAAAGAGAACGAGAGAAAAGCUGGGGUCUUUUUAGUGUUCUCACCCUGUGGUGUGUUUUUUUUUUUCCAUUUCUAAACUAUUACAGUUAUAAAAAACAAACAAACUGUGCCUGAUCUAUUGUUUCAGGCCAGUGCUCCCUCAAAUACGGUAAACUACAUGUGUUAUAAAUCAGUGGAUUUAUAAAAUCCUGCCGCCAGAUAUUUGGAGGGUUUGUGUUUUCUGAACUUUCUCUGUACUGCUAGUGAGUGACUGACAGUCCAUUGAUUGUUUCUCAGUAUUGUGUAUUAUAUUUUUACAUCUGCCCUGUUGCUUUCCAGGCAUUGAAAGUGUUGCAGUUCUUUUAUUUUUAUGUUCAUGUUUUCCAUCGUUGGCAUCUUACGUCGGGGUCCCUAGGAGUCUGUAAAAGUAAAAGAAAAUAUACAAAUAAUCCAACUGCAAGGAAAUAAAUGCAAACAUUUAAACUAAAA